GGGGCGGAGUCGUCGAGCAAGAGGAGACAAAAUGGCGGCUCCGGUGGCCGGCCCUUCAGCCUGAAAUAACCGGCAUCAAUAAUAAUGUGAGACUAGCGGCAGAAACACAAACUCUUUAGCCAGCUGGCAUCAACGGGGAAGGACUUUCCGAAGCAGUGGUUCACGGCACAAAGGCACAGAGUCCUGGCACACCAUGGCCCUGGACACUGUGAAGGAGCUGCUGAGCAUGGACUGUGGCUCGCUGGUCGCUUAUCAGCUGGACAAGUACUCCCACCUCGAGUCCAUCAGCUUCCAGACCAUGCUGAUGAGGGAGGUCUUCUUAAACAACCCGGAGGUGGUGCUUGUUCACCGAAUCCACAACCCUUGGGGCAAGGCUCUCUACGUGUUCAUGGUGGACAAGCCCUUCCUGAAGCUUGAGGGAGAGAUAACCAAAGUCGUCCACUUUGCCGUCCCAGCCAAAGAAUCGGCACAAGGCCUGGCUCACAUGUACCGCACCUUCAAGGCAUUCAACCCCGAGUGGAAGCAGAUCAAGACGUUCCUGAUCGAUCCAUGCUCCCGGCUGCUGACGAAGCUUUCUAAAGCGUUCCCCUCUGCGGACGUCCAGCUGUCCGUCUUCCACAUCUGCAAACAUUUGCAGCAGAAGAUCCGCCACAUCUGCCUGGAGUUCCACACCAGGCGACUGCUCCUGAGUGUCCUGAGGAAUGCCAUGUGCGCUCCCAGCGAAAGCAACCUGAAGAAGAUGCACGCCAUCUUGAGUGACUUUGUGAAACCGAAUCUGCUGCCCCAGCUGCACACCAACUGGCUGCUCAACGAAAAGAUCUGGUCCCUGCACCGCUGGCGCACCUGGGAGGAGUGCAGCCAGUAUUUCAAAGACCUGGAGAUGGUCACGCGCAGUUUAAGCCAAAUCUUUUGCGUGGGCGCCUCCCUGGAGUCCUGCAUCACCAACAUCGCCAAGCACUACCAGAAGAAGGCUCUGAAGUGCUCCUGGGAGGCCGUGCCAGGCCAGGCCGCCCUGGUCAGCCAGAACGUCUCAUCCCUGCCAAACCUGGUGGUUCUCACCCCCCCUCCUCCAAACGCCCCGAGGCCUCUGCUCCCUCGGGACCCCGCUGAGGCAGCCCCCCAGAGUUCCCUGGUGGCAAGGCAGGAGGCUUCUACCAGAGACGCCGUGUGCGAGCCGGAGGCGAUGAUCCCGGACGAAGAAACCUCUGAGUCUCUCCGCCAGUCCCUGAGCGACAUCUUCACAGAGCCCGCCGCCAGGCUCUGCCUGAAUGAACUUGCUGUGGUCCAGAGUUCUCAGUGUUUGAUGGGGAGCAGCGCCGACACCAUCAGCAUACAGAUCCUGGAAGACGCUCAGAUGGUGAGCCACAGGGGCCUCAACAGCUGCACCUGCCACUUCAGCCGGACCUUCCGGCUGCCCUGCAGGCACGGCGUGGCGGUCCUGAACUCCGAGGGGAAGGAGCUGGAGCCGGAGAGGGUCCCCGAGCAGUGGCGCAAAGGGCGCAGCGCCGCCCAGCCGGGGCAGGGAAGCACCGAGGAUCUCCUGGAAGUCCUGAGGAGUUCGUGGGACGCCUCUUUGGAUAAGUACCUGGCCGUCUCGUUCCUGACCGAGGAGAUCAGCCGGCUGCUGAGCCAGUGUAGCAGCGAGGAGUUUGACCGUCGGUACAGCACUCUGCGGGAGCUGGCGGACAGCUGGAUUGGGCCUUACGUGCAGGUGAAGUUGUGACCAGGCCCCUUGCUGCCUAGGGACCGUUGCCCGGACGUGACUCUCCCCAGAAACGCUGGGCGCCGGUAAAUUGCCGGUGGGGCUCUUCCCCCUUUUUGUGAGGGGCCGAGAACACACCUGCAUUCACUUGCUCUCUCGGAAACCGGGAGCCCUCCAGGAGAGGCCCAAGGGAUGCCUGAUGGGAGCCGGGAUCUGCAUAUUCAGGCCGUCUCAAAUCCCGCCCCCUUGGGGAUCCCCAGAGGCGAUUGCACCAACAGAGUUCUUGGGGAGAGGGUGGCUUGGUGCUUCUCUGCCCCCUUUCCUCCUCUCCCCCCAUCCCACCCCUGUUGUUGUGGAUGGAGAUCCUCUGGGGCCCACAGGGGCAGCCCUGUCUCUGCUGAAACUCAAGGUCGCUAAUAAACGGAUCUUU